CCAGCUGGGGGCGAUGUUAACAGAGGUCCUGGACUCGAAGCUGCCAACCUCGUCACCUUCAUCCUGGCCACCAUUGUUGUCACUGCGCGUGUUCUCUAUCGGCGUCUCAAGAUCAAGUCUACCUCAUGGGAUGACUACACGAUAGUCCUGGCUCUUCUUGCAGCCGCGGUCAACACCGCUUUCAUCGUCAAAUAUGUCGAAUCUGGAGGGGGUAGACAUACUAUCUAUCUUCGAUUGAAAGCGGUUGAUGUCGCAAAAUGGAGUACUAUCGCUCAGCUGCCGUUCAUCGUCUCCACCACACUUACGAAGAUCUCCAUCGCUUUGACGAUCGUGAGAAUUUCGAAUAGUCGAAGACUAAAAUGGGGGAUGGUUCCGCUGGUUACGGUUGUCGUUUGUGCUGGUAUUUCCGGUAUUGUGAUUCUCGCUGCGGGAUGUCGUCCUUUCGAGGCGAAUUGGAAUUACGCUGCUCCACGACUGAAUUGUUGGCCAAGACAAGUGCUGAAGAACCAAAAUUAUACACAGGGUGUCAUUGCUAUCGUCACUGACUUCAUAUUCACCUUGCUUCCUGUGUUCGUCAUUUGGAACCUCCAGAUCACCAUGCGACAAAAGAUUGCUAUUUGUGGAUUGAUUAUUAUCGGAUUAGUG